UUAACCUUCAUAGGGCCCCUGGCUAGGUCUGGAAAUUAAACUGACAAAGACUGAUCAACAGGAGGAAAGCAUACAAGUUUACUCAGCAUAAGUUUUACAUGAUACGAGAGCCUUCCUAAAGAAAUGAAGACCCAAGGAAACAGGUCCGAGUAUUUUAUUUUAGACAGUCAUGGAGGAGCGUGAUAGGGUAAAGGGUAUGAGGUAAUUAUAGCAAAUGGGAAACUUAGCAAGGCCUGCGUGUUAGAAUUCUUCUUGGCAUCCCUUUUUCUUUGGAGACAAAUCGAUCCUUCCUGCUGGGUAUAGGGCAGGCACCUGUCACUGGAGGGUUUUAUGAUCUGUUUCAGGGAAGAAGGGCAAGGUGGGGAGGUGGUCAGGGUGACCUUCCUGCCUCUGCCGUUUUCCCAAACUCCUUCCGCUUAAAAUAUCCACUCUGCCAAGGUGCCAUAUUUUGGGGUAGCAUGUCCUGAACCCCAUCACAUUCAACAGUUAUUUACCGAAUCGCUAUUAUGUGCCAGGUUUUAUUUUAGACACAGGGAUACUGCAGUGACCAGAACAGUCAAAAUCUUUACUCUCGCGGAGUUUACAUUCCAGUGGGCAAAUCCCUGAGAGAAGAUGACUGUGUUCUUUAAAACACUUCGAAAUCAUUGGAAGAAAACUACAGCUGGGAUCUGCCUGCUGACGUGGGGAGGCCACUGGCUCUAUGGAAAACACUGUGAUAACCUACUAAGGAGAGCAGCCUGUCAAGAAGCUCAGGUGUUUGGCAAUCAACUUAUUCCUCCCAAUGCACAAGUGAAGAAGGCAACCGUCUUUCUCAACCCUGCUGCUUGCAAAGGCAAAGCCAGGACUCUAUUUGAAAAAAAUGCUGCCCCGAUUUUACACUUAUCUGGCAUGGAUGUGACUAUCGUUAAGACAGAUUAUGAGGGCCAAGCCAAGAAGCUCCUGGAACUGCUGGAAAACACAGAUGUGAUCGUUGUUGCUGGAGGAGAUGGGACUUUGCAGGAGGUUAUAACUGGAGUUCUUCGAAGAGCAGAUGAGUUGCCAUUAGUGAGCACCCAAAUAUUCCUUCCAAAUUUGAAGGCUACCUUCAGUAAGAUUCCCAUUGGAUUUAUCCCACUGGGCCAGACCAGUAGUUUGAGUCAGACACUCUUUGCCGAAAGUGGAAACAAAGUCCAACAUAUUACAGAUGCUACACUUGCCAUUGUGAAAGGAGAGACAGUUCCACUUGAUGUCUUGCAGAUCAAGGGUGAAAAGGAACAGCCAGUGUUUGCACUGACCGGCCUUCGAUGGGGAUCCUUCCGAGAUGCUGGCGUCUCAGUUAGCAAGUACUGGUAUCUUGGGCCUCUAAAAACCAAAGUAGCCCACUUUUUCAGCACUCUUAAGGAGUGGCCUCAGACUCAUCAAGCCUCUCUCUCAUACACGGGACCUACAGAGCGACCUCCCAGCGGAGCAGAAGAGACCCCUCCACGGCCCUCUUUGUACAGGAGGAUAUUACGAAGGCUCGCAUCCUACUGGGUCCAGCCGCAGGACGCCCCCCAAGAGGUGAGCCCAGAGGUCUGGAAGGAAGUGCAGCUGUCCACCCUUGAACUGUCCAUCACGACCCGGAACAGUCAGCUUGACCUGGCAAGCAAAGAAGACUUUAUGAACAUCUGCAUGGAACCCAACACCGUCAGCAAAGGAGACUUCAUAAGUAUAGGAAGUAAAAAGGUGAGAGACCCCAAGGUGCGCGCUGACGGCACCGAGUGUCUUCAGGCCAGCCGCUGCACUUUGCUUCUUCCUGAGGGAGCAGGGGGCUCCUUCAGCAUUGACAGCGAGGAGUACGAGGCGAUGCCCGUGGAGGUGAAACUGCUCCCCGGGAAACUACGGUUCUUCUGCGACCCUCGGAAGAGGGAGCAGCUGCUGCAAAGCACGGCCCAGUGAGCGCGCUGCAGGUGGGCGCCCGAGACUGCACUUUAGGCUACCCUGGGACCAAAAGGGAACCAAGGCCUCCCCGUCCCUGCAGCGCUGUCAGAGGACCCCAAGGGCCUGUUCAUGGCAAGUACCCCCGACCCUCCUCGCUAGUGCUUC